CGUUCGCCCGCAGGUCUCCGCUCCGAGAACCGGAAGUGGCGUGUGGAACGGACUCGGCGCCGAGUUGGAGAGGCCUACGGAAGAGGCGGCUGUAGUGAGGGGUGGAUGAGGCCUGAGAGGCCGUCGCGGGAGCCAGACAUUGCCCAUGGAUGAAUUGGUGCAUGAUUUGGCCUCAGCCCUUGAGCAGACUUCUGAACAGAACAAGCUGGAUGAGCUGUGGGAAGAAAUGACUCUUAGCCCAAGGCAGCAGCGACGGCAGCUUCGCAAGAGGCGAGGACGCAAACGGCGUUCAGACCUAACACACCAAGCAGAGCAUGCUUGUUGCUACAGUGGAGCAUCUGAAUCCAGCCUGGAUGAAGUUGUUGAGGACUGCCGGGAAGUGCUGACUGCUAACUUCAGUGACUCAGAUGACAUGGCAGUAGCCAAACGCCAUCCAACACUCAGUGCGACUCUGAGAAGUAAGCAGCACUCGUGGCACGAGUCGGACUCAUUCACUGAGAAUGCACCUUGCCGGCCGCUAAGGCGCCGUCGAAAAGUUAAGCGUGUGACUUCAGAGGUGGCUGCUAGCCUCCAGCAAAAACUCAGAGUAUCUGAAUGGAGUUAUGAGAAGGGUUGCAGGUUCAAAUCUGCUAAGAAGCAGCGCUUGUCACGUUGGAAGGAGAAUGCUCCUUGGACAUCAUCAAGCCGAGGACUUUGUGAGUCAGCAGAGACCAGAGCCUUCCUCAACAAAGGGGGAAGAAGUGAGAGGAUGGAAUGUGAAGCAGAUGAACAGAAACAAGGCUCUGAUGAAAACAUGUCAGAAUGUGAAACCAGCAGUGUGUGCAGCAGUAGUGACACUGGCCUUUUUACCAAUGAUGAAGGUCGCCAAGGUGAUGAUGAACAGAGCGAUUGGUUCUAUGAGGGAGAAUGUGUCUCAGGAUUCACGGUCCCCAACCUCCUGCCCAAGUGGGGAUCUGACCGCCAGUCUGACAUGGAACGAAUGGAUUCCAGCAUUGAAAAAAUCUCAGAUACAACAUUCCUUCUGCCCUCUCGGCCUGCUACGAGAGGGUUUCAUGCCCGCUUGAACCGUCUUCCCAGUGUUCCUACCCGCUGCCUCAGGAAGGGCCGUAGGAGGCUGGUGAGCAAGGAGACCAUCAUGAGUGCUAUGGGCACUGAGAGGAUUAGCCACAUCAUUGGUGAUUCCUGCCAAAAAGAUUUCUGGUUGCCGUCAAUGGGAAUGAGAGAUCGCAACCAGUUCAAUCCACUAUCUCCUCUCUAUUCUUUGGAUGUUCUUGCUGACGCUUCCCACCGAAGGUGCUCACCAGCACACUGCACAGCCAGGCAGACUAAUAUACAUCUCGGACCCCCAUGUUCAAGGGACAUAAAGAGGAAGAGGAAGCCUGUAAUGGCAACAGCCUCCCUUUCCAGCCCAACUUCAGCAGCUUUAUCCAUCCACAUAGAUACUUCAGACCCAGGCCCUCCUGUGCCACACUCCCAGAGGCACCAGAACUGACUGAACAGGCAGAAGCAAUUCAUCAGAGACAAGCUGCAUUGCUACCACCCCAGGCAGCUUUUCAAGAAAAUGCCACAGGAGAUGGUCCUUGACUGCACUAGAUGGAGGCAGCUCUUCCUUUGUCAACUAGUUGGGCUUUUUAAUAUGUUGGACUUUGGAGUACGUCAGAAUUUUCCUUCUGGCAGUAGUUAUCCCUCAGUGUUAGCAUGUGACACACACCUCUGUCAGCAUGAUAUGUUUACUCCACUCAUCCUGCAAAUGAUGUUUGUAAAUCUAUAUAAAACACAUAAUCAGUGUUGGGGGUUUCCAUAUUUCCAGUGUUCCUGCUAUUGCUAUGCAAGUAUUUGUCGCACACUCUCAUUUCUAGCCCCAGAAGCUGCUUGGUGGCAUAUGCAAAAUGGUAUUUGGUUAUUGCAGGUGCCUGUCUUUGUUGCAAAGCUCUUCAUUUCUCAGAUACAUCUCAGUUGUUAGAAGAGUCCUGUGUUUAAUAGAAGAAAUUCUAUUUGCAGUUCUUUGGGGAAGCUGAGCCUGUGUCUUUUGUAAGCAUGAGACCCGAAAAGAAACCAGCAGUGAUCCCUGCACUAGAGUUGAGGUUAAUAGAGGAUAAACUGUUUUAUCUGAACUGGGUGACUUGAAUUUUAUAUCGGGAACAUUUCCAGAAGCUACGUGUUGGUCAGUAUUUUGAGGUUUGCCCCCCCUUUUAAUAUAGCAUUCUUGUUUCAGUUUUUCCUCCUGUAUCACUGGGGUAUCCUAGUAUUGCUUUUAAACUAUGGUUCCUUCCUUGCCUGUGUAUCCUACUGCAUGAGCCAGUGGAACCAUAAAUGCAAAAAUGGGACUGUCAUGUCAGGAAGCUUUCCAAUAUAUAACCUUAAAGCGAAUGACAAUGAAAUAGUGUUGGAAACUAUUAUAAGAAUCAUUUGAGACAGUAACCUGAACUCCAUAAGUUGCUAUGAGAAUAGCCUUUUAGAUGUGUGGUUUCAAAAUAGCCUUUGUGGAUGACAACCACUUGUUCUGUUGUCUUCAAGCUGGGAUAUUUCCUGCAGUAUAAAAAAGGAAUAUCCCUUUUUGGCAGUAUGUCCCCAGAAGCGCAUACUGUGUUUUAUUCUACAUUUCCUGAUUACAGUGUACUCACUAUGGUGUAGGUGUGUUAUAUAGUAGAGAGUGGUGCCUUCUCCCAACAACUCAUUCAUUGCUAGUAUAUGUGAACGAGGCUGCAAAAUAGUCCCAAGUCCUAGAUGCCAGCAUCAAAUUGAGAAGUCCAGACAACCAUGUUAUUUUUCUAGCACUACUUACAUUAGAGCACAUCAUCAUCCUUCGAUUAUUGUCUGGAGCCUCCCUUGUGGGGUUCUUUUCUCAAGAUGUGCCUCGUGUGUGCACGCAGAGUCAACUAUUAUAUUUUUGAUUGGAUCCUGUUGGCUUGAACGUAUAAGGAGAGGGUGAUUUAUUCUUGCAGGCUUUCUGUAGGCCAGGCACCCCCAAACUUCAGCCCUCCAGAUGUUUUGGACUACAAUUCCCAUCAUCCCUGACCACUGGUCCUCUUAGCUAGGGAUCAUGGGAGUUGUAGGCCAAAACAUCUGGAGGGCCGCAGUUUGGGGAUGCCUGCUGUAGGCAUUAGGUUGGCCUCUGGAAAUGCUGGUCUAGAUAGGCCUUUGGUCGGAUCCAGCAGGGCUUUUCAUACGCUUUUAAAGCCAGAGCAAAUGGAAUCAGGCUUGCUUCUGUGCAUACAGAAACUCUCACGAGAAGCAAAUCAGUGUUGUUUCGAUAUAGAUGAAGGGUUAGCAUGUUUCACUUAUUUUUGCCUUACAACUCAUAAAACGGAAAGUGUGAUAUAGGCACAAGAAAAUGUUCUUGCUCUACAAAAAUGAUAUCCCCGGAGAGCAUUUCUGGUUGUGUUAAUGAAUUUUAUAUGGGUUUAUCAAAUAAUUCAGAGCAGCUCACACAUGCCUUACUAGAAGAGUCACUUUAGUGAUGCCUUGCCUGUGUCUGAGCCAUUUGCACCAACCAUGUAUCCUAGGCACAAGCUCUGAUCUUCAAAUGCUCUGAGUCCUAAAUGUUCCAAAUACUCUGAAAUUGACGGAGCAAAGGAGCCUUUUAAUCCUGUGUGAAUGCACAAGACAAGGAUUUAUUUGAAUGGAUCAGUGAAGUCUUGAGAGACCUUGGAGAGCACCACCAUUAUCAAUACAUUGCAUCUGUGUUACUCAUGUUACUGUCUCCUGUGCAAACUCCCAUAUAAAUGAAUGGGAGCUACCACCUUGUUUUUUUGUAGCAUAUCAGACACACCUAUGUUGCACAAAAGGUGCGUCCCAAAUAUCUUGUAAUGCUUUUUCUGUGUCUAGAGUAUGGAAUCAGUAGUUGCUGGAGCACAGGUUAAGGUGGGGUUCAGAUGAAAAUAUUCAGUAACUGAGUUGCAUUAAGUGAUGAUGAGUUGCGCCAUCACCAAUUACUUAUUUUGUUUGCACUUGAAACUAGCUUUCCCCAUAUAACACUUGUAAAAUAUAACAAAAACCUGUACCUGGUUGCUUCAAGGUGUCUCAAACGUAGCCCAAACUUGCUAGUGUGUGGCUUUAUUACUGAGCUGCUCUGAGAUUUUUAUUUCCCUUAAAAGAAAUAAUUUGUAAGAAUGUAAAAUGCUUAUAUUGAUGUGUACAGUCACUGCUAUACUUAACGGGCCACAUACUCAAAAUAGGAUGAUUGUUUAGCAUGUGAACCAUGUAAGCCGGGCCUUAUGAAUUCCACACAAUAAUUUCCACAGAAUAAAGGGCAAAUUCUUCUUUAAAGGAAUGCAUAUUCUUUUAAGGAGAAGAAGCUCGAUUCUGUGACUAAAAUACAUUUAUGCAAGUAAUGCAUAUUGUGCCAAGUUCUGACUGCAAUGUGGGAUAUGGAUUUCUUUUUAAAACAAAUGUUUUACCAGGUGGAGGAGGUGGCAAGCAACAAAGUAGAAGCAACAAGAGGCAGUAAAAGUGUGAACAGAAUCUACAGGGCAUCUGUAACAGCUGCCUUAUUAUUAUUAAAUAUGAUCACAAAAUUGUGGAACCCACAUGACCCUGUAUAUAAGUGUUUGAAAAAUUGCAACCUUGUAACAAGUUAAAGAUUUUCCGUAUUACACUGUGGGUUCUUUCAGACAUGUUCUUUAGUCCUUCAAAUCACAGUUUGGUGGAUUGAUGUGUACUUCAGUAUUUCUUUUUUAUUUUAACCUGUAUGCCAAGCUUGUGACAUGCCCUCCCCCCAAAAAACAUAAUGUAAUCAGCUGAACAUAGUUGCUCACAUUGUAACAAUUCAUUUGGGAGAUACAAGUUAGUUUUAACUUGUACGACAAGAUCUAAUAACCAUAGGCUACUAAUUGCCUACAACAACAGCCACAUCAAAGAUGAACUAGCCAAUUAAUUGGGGCUGGAUAAAUAUUGUGAAUGGGGAUACACAUCCAGAUGAGCAUCGCCAUGAGCAGUGCAUGGGAUAGGCUGAUACUGUGUACAUAUCUCUUGCUAGAUCAGGUGCCAUUUUUGUUCUUAUCUAAUGAAGUUUAUUUCAUGCACAAGGCUUCUAAACUGAUGCAUGUUUGGAGAACCUGGAUAAAGAAGUGUUUCUCCUUCAUGACACCAGAAUUUGGAGGCAUUCAAUGAAACUUUUAGCAGAUUCAGGACUACCCCCCCUUCCCCCCAAAAGUCUUUGGACCGUGCAGAAUUUGCUGCCAAGAGUUGUGGUGGCCAGUAGCUUAUACAGUCGUACCUCGGUUUAAGUACACAAUUGGUUCCGGAAGUCUGUACUUAACCUGAAGCGAACUUUCCCAUUGAAAGUAAUGGAAAGUGGAUUAAUCUGUUCCAGACGGGUCCGCGGAGUACUCAACCUGAAGCAUACUUAACCCGAGGUAUGAGUGUAAUUGGUUCCGGAAGUCCGUACUUAACCUGAAGCGAACUUUCCCAUUGAAAGUAAUGGAAAGUGGAUUAAUCCGUUCCAGACGGGUCCGCGGAGUACUUAAACUGAAAAUACGUAAACCGAGGCGUACUUAAACCGAGGUAUGACUGUACAGCUUUAAAUGGGAUUAGACAAAUUCAUGGAGUGAAAUUCUGUCAGUGGCUACCAGGCAUGAUGAUUAUAUGCAAUUUCUGGGAUCCGAUGCCGUGUGCCAGUGAAUAUCUCUGGCUCAUAAGAGUGGCUUUUCAACAGCUGCCACGUGCAUGGUGCUCUAAACUUUCUGUGUGUAUCCAUGUGCUCUUACUUCUGAAUUGGGAUCCAGCAUGGUUUGGUUUUGCUACCACAAUCAGUGUUUGGCAAUGGCAUGUGGAGAAGCAGUAUCUAAAGCAGCUUCCUGCACAGGGCAACUGCCCUGUGCAUAGAGCUUCACAGAGCUCACACAUGGCAAGAUGAGCGUCAGAAACACUCCCUAAUAUCCCUCACCCUCAACAUUGCAGCUUGGCAUUGCAGAUCUAGGAGCCAAAUGCACAUAAUAGGCUGCUUUCAGUUGUAACUGGAUGUUUGCGCUUAUCUUUGGCACUUUAGCAUUAAACUGGAAGCAAUGCUGCGAAAAUCUCCAUGCUGACCUAUUGUAUCUGUAUAGUGCAAAUUGGAAAGGGGCCAGCCCCUAGAGUAAUGGAGCUGGAUGCAUAUCACGUUUGGGCCAAAUACCAUUGACAAGCCCCAUGCAGAGCUACUCAGCCAGGGCCUAUUUUCUGGCCUAGCCACACUGCUCUGCAUAUGUAAUGUUGCCAAGCACUUAUCUUUUAAACAAUAGCUUCAUGCCUGGGGGAGGCAACCAGUUAGUUGCAUUUGUAACCAAAUUCCUGAAAAGGAACAUAAAAACAUUCUUUACAAUUGAAAGGUGUGGGUGGGAACUUGCUGUCCACCUAUUUCCCUCCCUCAUUUGUUUUCUACAGCAGAACUUUAAUUUUCACAUUUUCUUUGACAAAUUGGUUUGUGAUGCCAAAUGCAGUUGUCCGGUGAACUCAUAGGAACUCUGUUUUGCAGGUACUGUACAGGUGAAACCUGGAAAAUUAGAAUAUCGUCGAAAAGUGCAUUUAUUUCAGUUAUGCAACUUAAAAGGUGAAACCAAUAUAUGAGAUAGAUGCAUGACAUACAAAGAUAUGUCAAGCCUUUAUUUGUUGUAAUUUGUCAUUGGGCAGGUCAAUUACGAAAGGAAUAUAAUUAAUGAAAUGUAAUAGCAAUGUUCAUUUUUGUUCAUUUUUGUAUGAUUGUAACACUUUGUUUUAUUACUGUGGAAUUUCCAAAGGAAAGCAUUUGUAAAAAUUAAAAAUUAAAUAAAAUUGCAUUACUGAAAUAAAUUCACUUUUCGACGAUAUUCUAAUUUUCCGAGUUUCACCUGUACUACAGUUGGACUUUGUGUUCUUUUUGCAGUAUUUUGUGAAUGCUUAUUUUAAUCUAUGUAAUAUGUCAGUCAUAUCACAAUUUGAGAUAUCCAAGGCUUUGCAUCAAUUCAUGUAGCAUUUCUGAUUUCACAGAGGAAGAGCUUAGAAUAAGUGCUUGUAUAGAGGCCUGUUUCUCAUGGAGGUGGCAAAACCUCAGACUGAGCUGUAGUGCUACAGACUCCAGUUGGAGGCACUCAUGAUUGACUGGUUUUUUCAUGCCAAAAAUGUUCUCUCUAUGUAAAAACAACAACAACCAUGUACAUUUGGGGAGAAGAAAAACUGGAUUGUGUCCGGUGCAGGGUGACAAAGAUAGUAAGGGGCCUUGGGAUCAAGUCCUACAUCUAAAGGUUGAAGGUGCUGAGUAUUUUUAGCAUGGAAAAGAGCCAAUGUCUUUAAAUAUUGAUAGAUAUAAAUGAUGGAAGAAAUUUGUUUUCUGCUGCCCCAUAAUGUAGUACCCAAACUAACGGGUUCAAAUGACAGGAAGGGGGAUUUUGACUAAAAUUUAGGAAGAACUUAAACUUAUCCAUCUGUGGAACAGACUGCUUUGGAAGGUGAUAGAUUCUCCAUUACGUUUCCAAUAUGAAGUUGCUUAGUUACCUGUUGGGAAUGCUGUAGCCAUGAAUUUCCUACAUCCCGUGCGGGGGUAGGAGGAGAUGCCUUUUUAAGGUACCUUCCUCUUCCUGUGAAUUGACUUGUUGACAAGUAAAAGGAUUUCUUUUGUGAGGAGAAUUCAUCGUGUAGGCAUUCUGCAGUCUGGAGCAGUAAAUUCCAGUGACAUGUUUUCCAUCUUGCAUAGAAAAUGGCCUCUUAUGUAUGAGGGUUUAUUGUUACGUAUGGUUUAUUCUAAGCUGACUCACUCCCUUUUUCUUUCUUUUAACUCCAUGAAGCUGCUCACGAGUAAGCUCUGUGGAAACUUGCUAAAUGACAACUAUUCUGAGCAGGAACAUGUCCUGUCUUCAAAUGAGUGGGUAUCCUCAUGCCAGUUUUGUAAUAUAGCAGGCACUUCCCUUCUACCGAAGUUAUACUCCCUGCAAUCUCUAUAAGGCUUCUUGACUCUACACAGAAGUCACUUGUGGGUGAAUCAAGUUUUUGGCAAGUCUUGCGUUCUCAAGGCCUUUGCAAACCCCUUUUGGGGCAAGUGACAUGCUAUGUUGUGCUUCUGGAAUUUAUUUUAGAAAAUGCUGUUUAGAGAGCAGCUUGCAUAAUAUGUUAAAUAAAGAUCUCCUGCUAACCAUGA